AUGUACUCCCUUCUUUUGAAAUCGUCGAUCUUCGCCUGCUUGGCCCACGCUUUGGAAUCACACUCCCAUGGCCAUGCCUCGGUUACCACCCUCAUGCCUCGUGAUGACUUUGGUUUUGGCGCUCCAACUGCUGCCGCUUUCUCUUCAGCUUCUGCUUCAGCUUCCGCUUCUUCUUCUGCUUCAUCCUCUGCUUCAUCUUCCAUUUCUUCUACUUCCUCCUCCACUGCCUCCUCUUCCUCUUCCUCCUCAUCAUCAUCUAGCACCUUGGAUGACUACUCCUCUGCUUUUGGUAUCGCCUUCUCUCAGUACGAUGCCAGUGGUAGUUGUAAAUCCGAAGCUGAAUUGAAGCUGAACUUUGAGGAAAUGCAAAAUUACAGUGUCGUUCGUCUUUACAAUACCGACUGUGAGUUGGUGGAAUACGCUAUGAAAUAUAAAGCCGAUACCCAAAAAUUAAUGGUCGGGAUCUACGACCCAACUGCUAUCCUGAGUAGUGUUUCUAGUAUUGAAAGUGCCAUCACCAGCUAUGGUAACAGUAGUUACGAUGACCACAUCUUUGGCAUCACCGUCGGCAAUGAGCAUGUCAAUGAUGGCAAGUACACUGCCUCUCAAAUGGUUGAAUAUUUGGAAGAGGCUCAAACCCAAUUGUCGGCCAUUGGUUACUCUGGUAACGUCUCAAUCAUUGACACUUUCAACGCAAUUAUUGCUAACCCAAUUCUUUGUACCAGCGAAUAUUCUAACAUUACCACUGCUAAUGCCCAUCCAUUCUUCUCUGGGGUCAGCUCUUCUACUGCCGGGGACUGGAUCAAGUCAACCAUGAGUGAUCUUAAAAGUGCUUGUGGAGAUAACGCCGUCUAUAUUUCUGAAACAGGCUGGCCAUCCCAAGGUGACAGCAUUGGUGAAUCCUCUCCAUCUGUUAGUGAUCAAACUGCCGCUUUGAAGAGUGAUAUUGAAUCUGCUAGUGAUUCUAUUGUUUUGUUUUCCGGUUGGAACGAACCUUGGAAGCUGCUUGGUGAUUACAAAGUUGAACCAUACUGGGGUAUCAACAACUACUACGCCUGA